AUGUCAGAAUACAUUCCAAUUGAAAUCCAGUUUGAAAUCAUUCAGAGGCUUCCCGCCAAGUCAGCUGUUAGAUUCAGACUUGUUUCUAAACCCUGGAAUUCUUACAUUGGCAGUUCCGAGUUUAUCGUCGCUCAUCACCGCCGCAACAUUCAUCAACCUCAACCACACCGUCUACUUGCUUGGUUUACAGACCCUUUAGGUGAAGACGCUGGUAGGUAUGUUACGGUUAUCGAUGAUGACAAUUUCUACCAGCAAGAUUUUACUCCCAAGGCUCCACGUCUCGCUAAAAAGGAACGAGAACUUCCCGCUAGUCGACAGUAUAAGAUACUGACAUUGUCUAGAGUGAUUGAUUGCUCUCUUGGCUUGUUGUGCUUGCAUGGUAUUUAUUGUCGUGGCAGGGUCACAACUAAGAUGGCUAUUAUUUGGAAUCCUCUAAUCAGAAAAUCGGUUCGAGUUGUUUUGCCUUAUUCGUCUAAUUCAAAAGCUGUAGGUUUUGGGGUGUGUCCCGUCACUUUUGACCCUACUAUUGUCAAGAUUUCACAUGGGGACCCUUCGAUUGACCUACCUUGGGAAGUUAAAGUUUUUACAUUGAGCUCAGGGACUUGGAAGAGCCUUGGGUUGAGCAAUCUGCCUCGUAAAACAGUUUAUCUGCAAUCCUCUAAUCGACGCUCUCAGGUAGUUAUAGAUAGGUUCAUUUAUUGGGAUGCGUAUGAAUGGAGGAUUGUUGCCAAAGAUGCAAUACCUGAGAACAUUAAUUUGAUUGUAUCAUUUGAUAUGACUACCCAUGAGUUUGAAUUAAUAGACCUUCCAGAUAGUUUAUCGCACCCCUUUCACAUGAAGUUGUCUAAGAUACAGGAGUCAAUGGUUGUGGUUGAAUACAUAAGCGACAGCGUGGAAGAUCUUUGUACUGUUUGGGUGAUGGAAGAUAUUGUAACGAAAUCGUUCUCAAGGCUAUACACUAUUGAAGUACCAAUGCCAUCAUGGCACAUGGUUCUAGGUUUUAGAAAGAGCGGGGAAGCUAUAAUGAAAGCACACUAUGCGGGCGAAAUAGUUGGCACAAUUGAAGUUUAUGAACCUUGCUCAGAACACAUCAGUAAGCUUGGGAUUUAUGGAGAUUAUGGUUCAUUUUUUGUGAGCUCUUAUAUGGAAACGCUACUUUUGCUUGAUCAAUCAGAUUGUCAUAUCUAUUCUGACGCUCAUGAAUGA